AUGGAAGGACGCCCGGGAUGGGCGCGGGACGCCGAGGCAGCGGUGCCCGCGAUGCUUCGAGGCGUCUGGCCGGAGGAGCUGCUCGAGGAUCCAGCCAGACGACCGCGGUAUGUCGCGACGGCCGAGGAAUUCUUGUCGGAGCUCUUGACGGGGGAGCACGUAGAGGAUUUCAUCAUCUUGCCGAACGGGACGGAGCUCCUAGGUUUGAGCUACGAGGACACGAUUCCAGAAGAUGUUCGGCUUUGCAUGCAAGAUUGUCGCGCUGCGCAAGAUUUCGUGAAGAAGCUGCUGCAAAAUCCGGAGAUGUUGGAGAAGUAUCGCGCUGACGUGGAAUACGUGGAUUCCAAGCGUCAGCAGCGGGACACUUUGCGGAAGGACAAGCUUGACCUAGGGAAGCGGAUCCGCGAAGCACUGAGGAUGGUAGAGGCCGGAGAGGUUGACGCUGAGCUUCUGUAUGUGGCCGAGAUGAGGUUAAAGCAAGAAGCACCGCAUCCAAUUGGUGGUGAAAAGGUCAAGACGAUUUGCCAACGAGACGUCAAAGACGUGCUUGGGCCCUUGGUGAGCUGGACGCUAUACUGGGAUCGUUACGACGAAGGUUUCUUUGCUGGCGGCAGAUUCAGCGGCAAAGGCCUUCACGUGGAUCAGGUGUUGUGGAGCAAUGUGGGACGGAACUACAAGGGCUACAAGCUCGCGGCUGCAUGGCCCAAGGGUGAAUGCAGCAAACAGGUGGCCUUGGAAUUCUAUGAUGUGCUUUUCGUGCCCCCGCUUCAGCCACGAGAGCUUCAGGCUCUUCAGAAGGCCGCAAAGGUGGCGCUGCUGCGGCCGGGCGACGUCUACAUCUUCAGCGGGGGUGUUGCUCACACCGUCCUCUGCGUGUCCGAGGAGAUGUGCAUUGGAGUCUACGAGUCCUUCGUGACCUUCCACCCGGACCAAGUCAAGCACUUCCUGCACACCGAUGAUGCUGAGGGCGAGUACUCCUUGGGAACCUACUCCAUGAGCCCGAGAUCUUUCCGAGAUACGAAGGACGACUGCCUGGAUCAGCUCGAGGAUGCAGCGGAUCAGUUGCAACAGGGAGGUGUUGCUGCGGUGCACCUCCGGACCGUGCCACGCGCCGAGGCACCUCCUCUCUGGGAGCAGCUGCGCUCCAGGUCAAUGCCAUUGGUGCAAGGCUGCUGCGAAGUCCCACCUUCCAGAGCUCUUUGGAGCGGCACUUCGGUGAGACGGUAG